CUUUGGCCCUGGAGAGACCAAAGAUGGUCGAAGAGAGAAAACUCUGAGAUCAUCAUCAUCAUCAUCGUCCUGCAAAAAAAAGGGCAAGUUCAAGAAGAAAUCAGAAAAUAUAAUUUCAUAUUCAUUAAAUAAAAUUCUGCCUUUUUAGUAUUUUUUAAAGAAAAAUCAUUUUCGCUUUCUGGGGAUAUUUUUUAAUUUUUGAUUUCUCAAACCCUACCCCAAUUCUUGGUUAAGAAGUUUCUUCUUUAAGGUGAUUAACGAGAGAAGAAGAGAAUUCACGAGUUGUUGACUCUUAGGAAUUUAUUUUUGUUUUUAUGAUUAGGGUUUUGUGCAAUUAAUUUUGCAAACAAUGAGAGACCCUGAUUACUAAAUCACCACAUCGUCGUUCUCCUCUUGCCGAGGAUUCUGUAAAGUUUGGGAUUUUUUUUUUCUUUUUUUUUUCUUAUUUGUCCAUUAGAAAAAAAAAUCUGGCGAUUUUGUAUAGCAUUGGUGUAUACCUAAAAUGGGUUGUCGAUGGAAUCCAAUUGGAUUUCAAUUCUCUUGCUUCAUGUUCUUGAUCAUUACCCUUCAAUCUCGUUCCUCAUUAUCCCUCAAUUCCGAAGGAUUUGUAUUGUUGAAAUUCCGGGCAAGAGUUGAUUCUGAUCCUCAUGGAACUCUUGCAAAUUGGAAUGUCUCUGAUGAUCAUUUGUGUUCUUGGUUUGGUGUAACGUGUGUCGACAAUAAAGUUCAGAUGCUGAAUCUUAGUGGCUGUUCUUUGGGAGGAACUUUAGCUCCUGAGCUUAGUCAAUUGAGUGAAUUAAGAUCUCUAAUACUAUCCAAGAACAAUCUCUCUGGCGAUAUUCCAAAUGAAUUUGGGACUUUUCCGAGUUUAGAGUUCUUGGAUUUACGUGAUAAUAAGUUAACCGGAGUAGUUCCUCCUGAGCUAAACAAAGUGUUGUCACCAGAGAACUUGUUGCUUUCUGGUAACAAAUUUGCCGGUUUUAUGAAGAUAAAGUUCUUGAGACUUCAAUCGCUGUAUAAAGUCCAGUUGAACAAGCAUCGAGAGCUGUCUUCUGCUUCCAAUGCUGUCUUCGACUGUGUAAAUAGAAAACUUGGAUACUGUGUUUCAAGGAGAAGCUUGAUAAGGCUAAACAAAGCAGAAGCUUUCGUCUUACGGAUUAAAGCAACUACAAGACAGUACAUGGUGCAGAGAGAAUCUCAAGGGAAGAAUUAUGCUGCAAAUCACUCAAUUUCUUUCAAGAACGAAACUAGUAUCUUCAAAAGGCGUGAGUUACUCGAAGGAACAAGUAAUUUAGCGGCUAUGCCUGCGCCUAAUGCUACUAGUUCUUCUCCAGAGGUUAUAACCAAAGUGCUUCCUCGAAGCAGCGGGUCUUUUCCCGCGUUAGCUACUGCAAAGAAGAGAAAACCUCCAUUGAUCCCUCCUUCUUCUCCUCCUCCAACCGCUGAGAACAACAACACAAUCUCUGAUCCUCCGAGGAAAUUCGAAGAAAAAUCAAAAGGGUUUAAAGAUGUUUGGUGUUAUGUUGUUAUAGGCGUUGCUGCUUUUGUAGCGAUGCUGAUAAUAAUAGCGGUUAUAUUCUUCUUCCGGAAAAGAGCUGUGAAGAGUAUAGGUCCAUGGAAAACUGGUUUGAGUGGACAGUUGCAGAAAGCUUUUGUUACCGGUGUACCGAAGCUAAACCGGUCCGAAUUAGAAACAGCUUGUGAAGAUUUCAGUAAUAUCAUUGAAGCAUUUGAUGGUUACACUGUCUAUAAAGGAACUUUGUCAAGUGGCGUUGAGAUCGCUGUUGCUUCAACCGCUAUUUUGGAAACUAAAGAAUGGACAAGAGCUAUGGAAAUGACUUACCGCAGAAAGAUUGAUACAAUGUCAAGAGUGAACCAUAAGAACUUUGUGAAUCUAAUUGGAUACUGCGAAGAAGAUGAACCAUUUAAUAGGAUGAUGGUUUUCGAGUAUGCUCCAAAUGGAACUCUUUUCGAACAUUUGCAUGAUAAGGAAAUGGAGCAUCUUGAUUGGAGCGCGAGGAUGAGGAUUAUAAUGGGAACUGCUUAUUGUCUGCAAUAUAUGCACGAGCUUAAUCCGCCGAUCGCCCACUCUAAACUUGUCUCAUCAGGAAUCUACUUAACCGAUGAUUACGCAGCAAAGGUAGGAGAGGUUCCUUUCAGCUCACAAGCCGGACUUAAACCGAGAAAACCUAUGAGUGGUGAUUUAGACCAAUCUUCACUGGCAUUCCCACCUGAACCAGAGACUAAUGUAUAUAGCUUUGGAGUAUUAAUGCUUGAGAUAAUCUCUGGAAAGCUCUCAGAUUCAGAUGAAGAAGGAUCAAUUAUAAAAUGGGCAUCAAAAUAUCUGGAGAGUGAUAGUUUGGGAGAGAUGAUAGAUCCUACAUUGAAAACGUUUAAAGAAGAGGACCUUGAAGUGAUAUGUGACGUGGCACGACAUUGUCUAAGAAUUGAUCAAAGUCAACGACCAACAAUGAAAGAUGUGGUUGAACAAUUGAAAGAAGUAAUCAACAUUUCUCCGGAACAAGCUACACCGAGACUCUCUCCUCUUUGGUGGGCAGAGCUUGAGAUCUUAUCCUCUGAAGCUACCUAACCAGAAGAACGAUUCUCUCUCCCCCUCCUCUCUCUCUCUCCCCUCCUCUUCGAGCUGUCACACGUGUCAGAGGUUUACACUCUCGAGAUCUUUCUCUUCACGGUAAACGUCGUGUCUUAAAUGUUAAAAA